AUGGCACACAUUAAGCCAGAUCCCGAUGCGGCCGGGAUUGGUGUUGUCAGCUCCAGCAUUGCUGUUGGGGCCUUGAUAAUGGUAUUGGUUGCCAUUAAAAUAAUGCGCGAACUUAGAGAGGAUUCUAAUUUGAUGGAUCUAUUCCGUCCACGGACCGCCUUGGCGCCAAAUCCAGGCCAGUGGGUGACUGUGAAAGACGCCAAAGUUUGCCUAGGCUUGCACCAAGACGUCCAAGAUCGCGUUUCGAUUUUGGAUUUGACCAUUUUUAGCCUUGCUGAUAUCCAACUUUCAGUCGGUAUUGCAACAGCUGUAGCUGCUAUAGCCAAACGAGAUAUUCUGGUAUAUCAUUACUGGGUUAGUCUUGAGAUAUGUUGGCUUGUCUUCAUGGCCUCUACGGCAGGUUUUGCCAUAACGGCGGAUCCUUUCAUGGUCUCAAACCUGGAGAGAAACAUUAUCCGGACCGUCUUUAUUUGGUGCCUCUUCAUUCUGACGCUAUAUUUAUUCUUCAGGAUAGACGACACUAGGGCAUUGAAUAAGCGGGCGUACGAUGCGCCAGGGUAUUGGUCUAAAAAGCUGCCAGAAUUCGCAUUAGAGCUCGCACUACUGAUGCAUACCAUGGUUUCUCUAAUUCGCCAGACUAUAUGUUUGAGUCGGGUAAAUCUCUUACUGGUUGACUAUUACAUCAAAGCACCACUUAACCGCAUCAGUCGUUUCCUGAAUCAAUCCUGGAGUCGCCUUAUCACGGUGAAGGAUGAAAUGCCAUCCUUCAGUACUCAAAAUUUCGAUUCGAUAGUGCUGGUUUGCUUGCGAAUAUUAUGUCUUCUUUUUCUUAAAAUCACUGGCUGUGUUGCUUGGUGUUUCUUUCUUCUAGUGUAUUGGGUCUCGACAGUGCCACCGAUUACUCACUCACUAUCAAUAUUUUUCUUCAUUCGGGAAACUUCUGUGAUAUUCUCGAUUAGGAGAAAUGGGGCUCAAUAUAUGACAGAAGAAGACCAGGGUGGGGAAGGGCAGUUUGGUUUUGGCCAAAUAGUUGCUUUGACAUUACUUAUUUCGCCCGUCAUUGCUAACGCCGAAAACUGGUUCGAAGCCUUUAGGAGUUGGUUGACACCGGCGCAACCAUCGCAACCCGAGGAAAUCAGGGAAACUGUUCCAAAAGACUCGGAAACACCGGAGACGGCUGUAGCUUUGGGAAGUGUGGCGAAUAUCUGA